AUGGUGGCUGUUUCGAGAGUUAACUCGAUCACUGACUCGGUCGCCUGUAGCACUGACAACGACCUUCAGAGCUUCUACACAGCCCUAGAUGACUCCAACCAAGACUCCAUCUUGGACAUAGUCACAGACACAACCAUUGCCGACGUUGGAUCUGUGAGCGCAGAGGAGGAGUCCCUUGUUGAAGACGGCGAUCUGCUAGCGCACAAUAUGGUAGUUCUCAAGAGAGCAUCGGACACCUCGGAUGAGACACUCAGGGUCGGCAGACAGUUGCUGAAAGAUGAACUGCGGGUGACGGGGCUUAUCAACACGUUGAUAAGCAGUUACCCGCCCAGUUUAGAGGUUUCCGAGGACAUUGAAGAGCCUCCUCGUAAAGCGCUUCAGAUUGUGUGGAGCAGGCUCCGCAGGUUGAUAAUAAAACUGUUCAGACGUCACCAUUAA